AGAUGGCUCAGCAGAAUUCUAAUAAAUAUUAUCGAUAUUAUAUGAAAUAUGUGAAUUUAUAAAAUCUACAACACCCUGUUUAAAAUAUUCGGAUUUUUUCUAUGAACACCGAAAAAAUAUCGAAAUACUGUGUUUAGCGGUAUUAAAAAUUACAAUACUGAAAAAAUACCGCCAUUACAAAAUACUUUCGGUAUUUCAUGCUCUUAUCACAAGUCGUGUGGGCUUGACGGCAUCCCUGCUACUCAAGAAUGCGACCCCGAGCAUACCUCCUUCCUUUUCUACAAAAAAUAUCUCUGUUACAGCUUUAUGGAACGCUCAAAAAGGGCGACCAAUCUGACCCUAAAAAUUACAGGCCUAUAACGAUCACAUCAUGGCUCCCUAAGGUGAUAGAGCGCGUGACCAAGAACUGGCUUUUGAGGUAUCUUGAGGUGCAUCAGGUAAUUAGCGGCAGACAAUACGGUUUCCGUCACGAUCGUUCGGCUGGUGACCUUAUCGUUUGUCUCACUCACUGUUGGACUGAAGCCGUCGAGAGCAAGGGUGAGCAAGGCCCUUGCAGUGAUCCUGGAUAUGGCCAAUGCGUAGUUACUGUCUUACCUACCUGAGGGGCUUUGCAACUAGAUAUCCAGCUUCUUGGACAGCAGGAGCAUUAAAGCCAAUGCUGUUCUACCUGUAUAUGAGUGACAUGCUUUUAGUUUCCGGCAUGCAUUGGUUUGCAGAUUACACGUGUGACCAGCAGUAUACCGGUCACCCAAAUAACCCUAGAGGUGGAGUUUUGGAAUGGUGGACUAAACUUAUAUCCGAAGUAGAGGAUUCUCUUAAGAGAGUCUCCAAAGAAGGAAGUCAUAACCUCGUCUCGUUCAACCCUAUCAAAACACGAGUUUGUGCAUUCACUGCAAAGAAGGACUCGUUUGCUGUCAUACCAUAUAAGUUCCCAUGGCAUACAACUCGACUCUGGAUUCAAAAACUCCAGCUUUCAACUAGGGUUGCUAAAUCGAGAAGUCAACAUUUCUGGCCGAUCGAGCAUUCGACCAAGAGGGAAGUGAGGAGGAACGAGUUCCACGCCGCCGCGCCGCCUGUAAAUGGUCGCCUCCGAGCCGUCACUGCCGCGCCGCCCGCACCCGCAGUCCUCCCGCGCCGACUCUACACGCUCCACGCUAACUGCAUCAUGGUAAUGGACAACUGCAUGAACGAGGCAAAUAACCAAGAACACAACUCUUCAAUAUUCGUAACGAAUUUCCAAAAUGGUGAAACCGUAAAUUAUUCUCUUGUCUUGUUAAAAGGAUUUAUAACCAAAGGUAACUCUAACAAUCAAGAAAAAUUAACUAGUACAAUUUUAAGUGAUGAAGCCAAAAACAAAUCGCAAUGGAAUGUAUUUAAUGGAGAAUUCAAAGUGCUUGUUGAAUUGAAAAAAAGUUAUAACACUAUCGAAUUGGAAUAUAUGGGACAGAAAAAGUUAUUAUUAUUAGAAUACAUCCCUCGAAACACAAAUCUCAGAGUUACCCCUGUUUACAUAAUUUGUCAAGGCCAUGACGGAUGUUUCCAAAGUCCGCCUGAAGUUGAUUGCUCGAUAGAAAGUGCCUGUUCUAAAAUUUCACUGGGUGCAAAGCUAAUCCAGAGCAUAACAGCUGAAAAGCUUUUUGAAAGUGGUAUAGGUAGAAAAACAUUCCAAUUAGAACAUGAAGUUGAUCCUAAAAAACCGGAAUGUAUCAUAUUUCGGAGUAGUCUAAACGUCAAUAAAGCAAGGAAAAUGAAACAGGCUGAAUUAUGGACACAUUUUGGCAGGGAAUUAAUGCUAUCAGAAUUAGGAAGCAACGAAAGGAAAUUUUUAGGAUUUGUGUCUUGUACACGAUUUAAAGGCACUGAUAUUGACAAGCCAAUGUCUCACGAUGAAAUUGUUUCUCUAACAGAAGCCUACGCAGCAUUAGGUGGAGGAGGUCUUGCCCUUUUUGGAACUGGAUGUUUAUAUACAUGGCCUACCACAAUAAAAGAAAUUAUACCUAAGUUUUCAGAUAGCACGCCUGUUAAUACUCGACGAUUUAUGGACGACAGUGGUUAUCGAGGAACUCUCGGUGGUUGUUUUGCGACAACUUUGGGAUCAGUGUUUCAUGAACUUGGUCAUACUUUUGACUUAGGGCACACAAAAGACGGGAUAAUGGGACGCGGAUUUGACAAUAUUGAUCGUGUAUUCAUAGUCGGAGAAAGAAAAUCAUCAUUAAUAAAAGACAAUAUGAAUAAUUUUAGUGGAAAACCAGUUCAACAUUCUACAGUUUCGCUUCAAAGAAAUAUUAGUGUAACAAUGAAUGUGGCAGAACCAUUAAGAAUAUUAGGUCCGAGAAGUAAAACAACACUGGGAAAUUUUGCAUCAAUGUCCAAGUCCGAUAUUGUAAGAAGAAGUCCAAAUGUUACUCCGAUAACAAGACCAUCAAGUGUGUAUUCAAAUAUAACAAAUAAAUUGUCAGACUCUAAGAAAAACAUGAAUCGCGUGAAUGGAAAUGAUCCUAUCUAUUGGGCCAGAAACUGCGCAGUUCUUUUGUCAUAUCAUAGGUGGUUCAAUAAUGAGUAUGGAAGAGAAAGACAAGCAAUCACAAGAUAUUUAAAAUUUGAUAAAAACAAAAUGAUGAUAAUUUCGACUGCUGGUAUUCGAAUUGUAGAAGUGCGUGAUGAAUCAAAUGGCAUGGUAUUAGACUCAUACGAAUUCACUAAUCCCUUACCAGAAAAAAGAUUUCUGGUGCCUUUUACUUUUUCUCCAAAAAGUAAAGUCUUGACUAUCGUAGUAGAGGACGAUUUAGGCAAUGUGUUAAAACAAACUUUUUCAUAUUGA